AUUAACCAGUGUAACUUAUUUACCAUAACCAUUCGAGAAAUCAUUCGAUGUUGGAAGCAUGAUGAAAAUGUCGUUGACACUUAUGACAUACAUAACAGUUCAUGUAUUAUUGGUAUCCGGCUUUGACAAUUAUCAAGAGAUUCUUAUUCGAGUUAACCAGUUACCAGAGAUCGUGAAUCUCUUCAAAACAUCGCCAAAUACAAUAGGCAAUGCUGUAAAAAUAUUGGAUCAAUCAUUUGAUUUUUCUACUGCCAUAGAAACUGAUGGAUUAUCAGACUCGGAUUUGGUUAAAAGCAAUGUGACGAUAUCUCCACCCGUCGUUCCUGUGUUAUCCAACUUGUGCAUGAAUCAGACAGAAGCGGUUUUUAAGGCUCUACUAGAAGGGCAGAACUGGGCUGAAAGAAUGAUAGAUGCAGCAGCCAAACCUCCAGCUGAUCUCCUUGGUGGUGAUAUCACAUGGUUAGGUGAUUAUGACGAGUGUCUUGCUAUACAUAGUAAUCUGACAGAAAAUAUGGAAAUUGCACCAUUUGAUGGGGAAUAUUGUUUGGUUGGAAUACCAAUUCCUGUCAAAACCAUUCCUAAUCCACUAGUUGCUGGUCAGUACAUGUUAAGGUUAGGUGUGUGUGUUCCUGAUGGAUGUUCAGAGACUGAUACAUUAAUAUUGAUUAACACAGUGCUGUCAAAAAUUCCCAAUAAUACUAUGCUGGCUGCAUCAGUUCAGUGCCAAAAUCCAGACAGAGAGUUUGAUACUAGAGCAACUGUUGUAAUAGUGAUAGUGUCACUGUUCAUAACAGUUAUGGUAAUUGGUACUGUGUAUGAUGUUCUUUACAUACAAUGGCCAAAGUCAAAGGUCCAGACAAUGGCUGGCUUACUAAAUGGGGAAGUUACAGAAAACUAUCAAUAUAAAAUAACAGCAGAAGAAGACACGCCAUUGAUUAGAGAUAAAACGACACUGGAAUACAAACCUGGUUUACUUGGAAAACUCUUACUUUCAUUCUCCAUUUAUACAAAUGGUGCUAAAAUUUUGAGUACUGAUCAAUCAGCUGGAAGUUUGAAUGCAGUGAAUGGAAUUAGAUUCAUUAGUAUGUCAUGGGUCAUUUUGGGACAUACCUAUGGAAUUUUUACAUCAAUUUCUGAUAACAUGCUUCCAUUUACUAUACUGAUGUUUAAGAGAUGGUCUUUUGGAGCAAUACUGAAUGCCUUAGUGUCUGUUGAUACAUUUUUCACUCUCAGUGGGCUCUUGUUAACUUACUUAAUAAUGAAGGAGCUGAAGAGAAAAGAUGGGAAGAUAAAUUGGUUUAUGUUUUAUUUCCAUAGAUUCUGGAGAUUAACUCCACCAUAUAUGUUAGUCUUGAUGGUAUAUGUGUCAUUAUUUCCUUACAUUGGAAGUGGUCCUCUUUGGAAAAAAGAUGGAAUGGAAGUCAACUAUUGUAAGGAUGCUUGGUACUACAAUUUCCUUUAUAUAAACAACUUUGUCAAUCUUAAAGACACAGGUUCACAGUGUAUGGCAUGGACAUGGUAUCUAGCCAACGAUAUGCAGUUUUUUGUUAUCAGUCCACUAAUUAUCAUUCCACUUUUCUUCUCUAAGGCAAUAGGUGGUAUUGUGAUGUUUGUGUUUUUGUUGGGAUCAUGGAUUACAACAGGAGUAAUAUCAAAAACAUACAACAUGAAACCAACUCUUGUAGCAGGAGGUGACUUCUUUCCCUACUUUGAUUACUACUACAUCAAACCAUACUGCCGUAUAGGACCCUAUUUAAUGGGAAUGUUUACAGGAUAUGUGCUAUACAGAACAAACUGUAAAUGUCGGAUAAACAGGUAUGUCAACCUGUUUGUAUGGAUAGUAGCUGCAGGACUAGCUAUAAUUAUUCUGUAUGGAUUGUAUGAUGAAAUGAAUGGUCAUCCAAUGUCUGUAGAUGUUGCAGCAUUGUAUAACACAGUUCACAGAACAUUAUGGGGAGCUUGUGUGUGCUGGGUUAUAUUUGCCUGUGCCACUGGAAAUGGAGGUUUUGUGAACACUAUUUUAUCCUGGAAAGCAUUUGUUCCUCUGAGUAGACUGACAUACUGUGCAUAUCUGAUACAUCCAAUUAUUAUGUAUUAUUUCAGCAAUGUACAAAGGAAAUUUCUCCAUUUCUCAGAUCUGACAGUUAUGUAUCUGUUUUUACCAAACAUGUGUCUGUCAUAUGCUGCAGCAUUCAUAGCCUCGUUAGCUUUUGAAUCACCUAUGAUGGGACUUGAAAAAGUCAUCUUUAGACGUGGAGAGAAGAAAGAUUAACAGCUCAAUUACAUUAUAGGAAUACAAAUUUCAGAGAUUUUAGUUUGUUAAAAGAUAGAAUAUUUUUCAUCCUGUAUAAGCAGUUUUAAACUUUUUUUUAUGAUUUUUUUGCAUUUUAAAAUCAUUUUUUUAAGGAGCUCAGUGAAACUUUAAAAAAAUUACAAGGCACGAAAUAAUGAUAAAAAUUUUUUUCAUAUUUUUAUGUAAAACAUUAAAGUAGAUAUCACAGUAGAAACGUAUGAGUAUAUUCAAGAAACAACUUCAUAUUUGGUGAAAAUAUGAUCCAGUAUAAUAACUCUGUUCAAUUAAAAGGUGUUUAUUGUUUCUUGAAUGUGCUCAAGGUGUCUUAGGGCAAACAUUUCUUGAAAAUAUGUGAAGAAUUAGCUUAUUUCAUUAUGAUGUCACUGCUAUGACAUAAUAUUGAAAAUUCUGCAUUUUUUAUUCAUUUUCUGUUAUCUUCCAUAUUUUUAUUUAUUUUAUGUAUUUUUGAAGAUGUUAACAAAUACCAGUGGAUUCUUAGACCAUAAAAAGGCCUUAAUGCUCCAAUUUCUUUGGGGGCAAACCUGCAAUAUUUAUAUGGGAAAUAAGUGAAUUUAAAAAAAAAUCAGCUAAAGCUUGUUUUGAACUCAAAAUGUUUGUCAUAUAUAAAUAAAGGAAAGGUCAACUCUGUAAUAAUCAGAUAUGAACUACCAGUUGAAUGACAGGUUCAGUUGAUGCAACUACAUGCUAGAUGUUACUCUGAUUUGUCUUAGUUUUUAUCUCCAUCUGUUGCAAUUCAUUUAAAAUUCAGACUCAAUUGCAACUUGUUGGUCAAUUCAAAUUGCAGAACUGGUCAGAUAUUUUACAAAGCUGCUCAAAUCAACUCUGUAAAGCGUGGUCACAUUUUGCUCAUUUCGCAUGGUAACACUUCAUGCUUUCAUGCUGCUUCAUGUGUUUUUAUGCUGUUCUAGUAGGUAUUUACAUUACAGAAAAAGCAUAAAACUGUUGGAAGACUGUGGAGAUGUUUUAUAGAAAAGAGACAGAUAUUUGUUUUUGUAAUUUGAGUUAUCUCCCUUGUCAUAAAACCAUUUUCUGAUAUAUUUUGAUGGUGCAUUUUAAAUUUUCUUAUCAAGCAGAUGAGGCAAAUUGCUUUAUCUAAUUGAAAAAAAUGCAAUAUGUGAACCCUAGGACACAGGCGGCUCAGAAAAAUAUGUUGAUCUAUUUAUUAGUUUCUGUGAAACAAAACUAUAUUGUAAAUAUUAACACUAUAUUGUAAAUAUUAACACUAUAUUGUAAAUAUCAACAAAUAUCCCCAAAAUUUUAAUCAGUUAAGUAAAGUAACUUCCCAUUAAAUACAGAAAUUAAUGAAAGGAAUUAAUUUCAAAGGAAGAAAAUUCACUAAAAAUGACAAACGAAUGAAAAGAAGUGUAAAAUCAGAUAAAUAAGAGCUCUAAGGCAUCUGUUCCCAUUGUUUUAUUGACUAUUUAGACAACUUCAGAAUUCAGUUGGAAUGCCUGCAUGUAGUCUUUUUUAAAGUCACUUCUUUUAAAAUGUAAUAAGUGUUGAUUGUUUAAAAAAGAUAGCUUUACCAAUUAGAGGGAAAUCAAAAUUUUGUGCACUGUUGGGUAAAAUUAAUAGUGCCUUCUGACACCACCAUCCCGCCCCCUAACAGUCUUGAUAUUAUGUAAGGCCAACCAAUAAUAUCUUAUUCCAACAAGAGACUGAAUUAAACUUGCUAAAAGGUAAUCUUGUGGAAAACAGAUUUCAAAUGAUAAAAUUGAGAAUGGAAAUGGGGAAUGUGUCAAAGAGGCAACAACCCGACCAAAGAGCAGAAAACAGCCCAAGGCCACCAAUGGGUCUUCAACACUGUCACAGCGAGAAAUCCUGCAACCAGAGGUGAGCUUCAGCUGGCCCCUAAACAAAAAUGUGUACUAGUUUAGUGAAAAUGAACAUCACACUAAACUCUGAAACAUAUAAAUGAACUAGAAUUAAAAAUAAAACAUAAAAGACUAACAAAUGCCAGAGGCUCCUGACUUGGGACCUGACUUCAAAUGAUGUCAUGACAACAUUGAGCACUCAUUGUGAAAUCUCCCCAAAAAUUUAAUGUUGCAGAGAGUGAUACAAGUAUUGAAAUUUCAGAAGCACUUAGAAACACAUCAUAUUUAUAUCUGCUGUCUCACUUUAAAAAUAUAGUAAAUGUCCUUAUAAAGUUUGUAUAGAUUUGGUUCAUUGGAUUGUUUUAUGUGAAUUUUAUUUAGUAAUAUUUUACUUUUUUUUAUAUCUUGUUGAUUUUUAAAGUUUUAAACAUUAUGAUGUUGUGAUAUAUAUUGUAUGAACUAUGUUAUUAUGAUGUAGAUAGUUAAUAAUAUAUUGUAACUGGUAUUGUCAUAAUCAGAAAUACCACCAAUCUUUUACAUGAUUGUUCUGCGAUAUAUGUAUUUAUAUAUUUACCUGAAUUUAUGUCCCCUCAGGAAUAUAUUAGAGUCUUUGAAAAUGACCCAUAUAAACUUUAUUGUUAGACAUGUAUGAGGUUGUUGUUUAUUAUGGAUGGGCAGAUAAAAGGACAGAUACCUGAUAGAAAGUCAUGGUUUAAGUAUUUUGCUAGGUUGUUCAUAAUUAUGCUCCCACCGUAGCGGAGGGGGCAUUAAGUUUUACCCUUGUCCGUCCGUAUGUACGUCCGAACGUACGUCUGUAUGUCCCAAAGUUGGUUUCCAUUCUCUAACUUAAGUUUGCCUCAACCAAAUUUUAUGAAACUUAUACACAAUGCUUAUUACCACAAAACACAGAUCAAGUUUGAAUUUUGGUGGCAUCACUUUAACCGUUCUAGGGUUAUGCUCCUUUACAAAUGGUAAAAUUGCUGAAUUUUUCGGUUCUGUUCUCUAAUAGAUAUAAGAAGAUGAGGUAUGAGUGUCAAUGAGACAACUCUCCAUCCAAAUCAAAAUUUAUAAAAGUAAACCAUUAUAGGUCAAAGUACGGUCUUCAACACAGAGUCUUGGCUCACACCGAACAGCAAGCUAUAAAGGGCCCCAAAAAUUACUAGUGUAAAAACCAUUCAAACAGGAAAACCAACGGUCUAAUCUAUAUAAAAAACGUGAAACACUUAUGAACCACAUCAACAUUGGACAACUACUGAACAUCAGAUUCCUGACUCAGGACAGGUGCAAACAAUUGCAGCGGGUUUAAACGUUUUAAUGGUACCAAAACUUAACCCUUAUCUGAAACAAUAGUGUAACAUCACAACAUAAAAAGACACACUAUAAAAUAUCAAUUGAAAUGGCUUAACUCAAUCAAAAGACAUAUUAACACCAGUGAACAGACACUUAACAAAUAAAUUUGAUCUAUGAUACAAUGUAAAUACAAAAUAAAUAAACUAACUUUAGUUUGCCUUAACCAAUUGUUAUGAAACUUAUACACAAUGCUUACUACCACAACAUACAGAUCAAGUUUGAAUUUUGGUGGUGUCACUUUUACAAAUGGAAAAAUCGCUGAAUUUUUCGUUUCCGUUCUCUAACUUCAGUUAGCCUCAACCAAAUGUUAUGAAACUUGUACACAUGCUUACUACCAGAAAAUACAGAUCAAGUUUGAAUUUUGGUGGUGUCACUUUUACUGUUCUAGAGUUAUGCCCCUUUACAAAUGGAAAAAUUGCUGAAUUUUUGUUUCCGUUUUCUAACUUAAGUUUGCCUCAACCAAAUGUUAUCAAACUUAUACAUAAUACUUAUUACCACAAAACUCAGAUCAAGUACAAAUUUGGAUAGCGUCACUUUUACCGUUAUUCAGUUAUGUCCCUUUAUAACUUUAUAUGAUAUGCAAGUGGGGGCAUCAUCUGUGUCCCAUGGACACAUUCCCCAUUUAUUUAUUUUUUAAAUUUCAGAGUAAAUAUUUUAUGUACAUUCCUAAACACUUGAUUUUUAUACUUCAUUAGUAUUUCUUUUGAAAAUAUUUGAACAGCCCAUUUUCCCAUCACGCUACAUUAUUGGCAUACAAAUUAUAAGUAUUUUAGUCAAUGCUUUUUAACCAACAUUUGGAAGUGGAAACUAUAAAAUUUUUGGUUUAUAGAAUUACAUAUAUUCUAAUGAAUAUGUCUAACAAGUUGAACCAUGAUAACCUUUGUUGGUGUAAAAUAUCCUAUUUUGAUAGUGGUUAAUAUGUAUUGGUGAAUUAAAUUCUUUAUCUAUGGUAAAAAUGUGAAGAAAACAUACUGUCCAAUAUAGUAAUCUGAAAGAAGAAGUUGGGAAAGUGGCCAGUAAUUUGAGCAGUUUGAAGUAUACACAUUAGAUAGUGCCAUAGAAAAGCAUAUUAUAUUUUUAACAUGUUUGUAUGUUUCUUCAUCUUUAUAAUUAUAAUGUAACAUCUGUUUGCUAUUUAAAUAUUAUUUGUGUGAAACAACCUGAAAGGGAACAACCAUUUGACUCUAUAGAGUGAUUAUGUUUUUCAUCAUAAAUUUCUAUUGCUGAUUUUAUUAUGAAAAAUAACAAAUUAUUUACUUGAAAAUUAAACAGACACAGAAGGGAAGCCCACACCUGCAGAUUUGCCCUAUUUUCUCCAUUUCAAUGUUUUAUGAUUAAAUUUUGGCUCAAACUGCCCCUUUAACAUGACAGGAUAUGCAGAAUCAUGAAAUCAGUAUCAAACAGUUAACCUCCAAAAUUAUAGAGAGCCCUUAGAGCAAAAUAAUGAGAUUUGGCAUGUAAUAUAAUGGCCCACCAGUCCAUGGUAAGGGUAACUUAAUGUGUAUAUUUAAAUUAUGCUGGAAAAGUUUUCUUCUGUAGAUGUCAAAUUUUAAGACUUAAUGUUUGUAUUACAUUUCUCAUUCAUAUUUAUACCCAACAUCUCCUUUUAUUCUUAUACAUAUUUACAUUUUGAUCAAUUUAAUCACAAUAGUCCUUCCUUUUAAGUUCAGUGAAUAUAGAAACAACAUGCAUAUAUGUGUAUAGUUAGAAAAGGUGUUUCUUAUAUGAUAUCCUUUUAAAAGAAACCAUACCUGUCAAUGGAUCUGAAAGUUUCUUGAUGUGACCCUGUAAUUAACAGAUUCAUCCAAGAUUUAUGACCCUUCCGCUUUUGUGAAAUAAGAUACUAAAAUCUUGCAGAUUCAUUCAGUGAAGUAUUUUAUUUGUUAAACCUUUGUUGGUGAGAGCCUUCUGAGUUUUAACCCUCCAAACAGGAGUGAUUUAUCAACUGUGGUUUUUUUUUAUAUUUGGUUCAAGUAGAAAGUUUAACUUGCUCACAAGUUUAUGUUGUUUGGAAAACGCCCCACUUUAAACAAAUAUUAAAAGCAUUUGUAAAGUGAUUAACUAAUCAAUGUCCCUCCCAAACCAAGGUCAGUUAAGAUAAUUGAGAAGUUUACAUACUUGACUAUUGUACCUACCUAUUUAUUUAGAACAUUUGAAACAUUGGCAGCAAGUGUUAGGUCACAAAUUCAUUAAUUUCCCAAUGUUCAUUAUAUUUAAAUCAGAUUCCUUCCAUCCAUCAGUGUUUUUGUCCCAAAAUAUUGCUAUACUCAGUGGUGCAUUUUCAGAUUCACAGCUCAUUAACUUCCUGUUUACUAAAUACUUAUAGAUUUAUACACAUAAUGACCAAGCAGGAUUUUUUUUUCUUCUCAGGAACAACAAAUUGGGCUUUCUGAAAUUAGGAAACAAGCUCCAUGUGAGCAUGCUUUAUUGUGUGAUGUGUUUUCACACCCAUCACUCAUCAACUUCCUGAUUACCAAAUACUUACAGCAACAGCUCACAGUUUAACUUUUAUUAAUUUUAGUAUAUACAGCAAACUUUUUUUGUAAUUCUUUAGAUCUGGUUUGUUCUUUGUACAGCUGAUUAUUUGUAAAAUGAAGUUAAGCAUGAGACUUUUAUUUAAGAUGUUUUAUUGACAUCAAGUCAUUGAAGAUCUGGCACAUGUUCUUCUUUGUGUAUUUUUAGUUCAAGAUAUGAAAAGUAUGCUUCAUAUAGUUAUCUGUAUGUAGAGCUCAAAAGAGGAGAAUAAGUUACGUUUAGUAUGGCUAUAAGUUACUUUUAGUAUGGCUAUAAGUUACUUUUAGUAUGGCUAUAAGUUUGAUGACUAGAGUAUCUCUGUGCUCAUUGGAAACUUGGAUCUUCAUUUUAUAUAAAAAAAAUUUAAGAAAAAUUCUGUUUUGUUUGUGUUUUAAUUAUGAUCUUUCCUUUUGAUGACCUAUCUGUAGAUAUUUAUACCAGUAUAAAUGGAAUAAAAAUAUACAAAAGUC